UGUCGCGCAGUUCACUUCGGUUCCGUAGAAAUUUUCAAAUUAAAAUUACCAAAUACCACGAAAAGUUAAAAAAUAAGUGAUAUUUCAACUAAUCAAGAACCGCAUCAAACGUGAUAACGUUAUCCAAGAGGGAAAAGUGCAGAAUCACCCAAAAUACAACAAUUAAUCAUCCAACAAACAAGACCACAAAUUCUGAGAACUACAUUAAACGCAAGUGUUUUGUGAAGUGUCAAAGCAGAAUUAGUACAAUGCCGAUAUUAUGCAAAUAAAAAAGUGAGUAAAAAGUGAUAGAAUAAGGUUUUGAUAAACAUAACCUAAAACCUUACCGAAAUCGCCAUAAUACCCAGACUACAAAACAGAAACAAAGAAACAGCGCCAUCUGUUAAUCUGUACCGGAACUAUAUACGUAUAAAACUAAAAAUGGAUAAGAUUUGUGCAGGAUGUCCGAAUAAAAUACCCGGAAGAGAAUGCUUAACAUGCAGUAUUUGCAAAGGAACUUACGAUCUUGAAUGCGCAGGUGUAUCUAGUGCACGAUACUACAACACUAUGACAAAAGAUCAUAAAAACAAAUGGAAAUGCCAAAGCUGCAUCUGCAAGCGACCAAAAAGAGGCAACCUGAGUACUCCUGUGCGUAAAUCUGACCACAGUGAUAGUACACAAGAAGAACAAAAUAUAACACUGCGAAGAAAAAAUUUGAAACAACCACCAGAAAAUGAAACCGUAGACUCAGAUAUUGAAGACUCGAGUAUACUGGGCGACACACUCCCGGCUCCUGACGAACAGCUCAUCAACCAUAUUACACUUCAGCAACUAAGCAAUAUAAUUUCAGAAAAGUUAAGCGAAAAUAAUACAGCAAUAAUAUCCCAACUAAAAACAACAAUACAAAAAGAAAUAAAUAAGACAAUGUCACAGUUCAAGGAAGAUUUGAAACAUGAAAUUGAUGGAUUACACAUAAAAAAUAACCAAAGAAAAUUCGAAAUUGAAAACGUCAAUAGAAAAAUAGAAAAGUUAGAAUUGGAGACAAGAAAAAUCCAGAGAGAAUUAACAGAGAUUAAGAGUACCCCUGAAACUUCAAAAAUGUUUGAUGAUACUUCAAAAAAAAUCUACAAACAAGAAGACAAUACGAAAAAAAUAGUAUUAUAUGGAAUUGAAGAAUACAAACACGAACCUGAACAUGAAUUACAUAUAAGAUUAAUAGAAAUGUUCCGAGAAAAACUUCACAUAGACUUAUUGGGCUAUAUCGAGGAAACAAGAAGAAUAGGAAAAUAUAAUGGGGAAACUAAUAGACCGAAAAUCGAUGACAGAUCAAACACAACCCACUACUACCCACGAACAAGAACCUACAACUAAUAAAGAAAAAGCUUCACACAGUAAUCAAAGAAAUUCCUUUCGUGCCCGUCAAACAUCAGAUACAACCCACCGAAACUAAAGAUCUAGAAUUCAAAAUACUUUUUCAAAACAUCCAGAGCAUAUACAAUAAACUUCACAUUAUCGAAGAUUUUGUACAAGAACACCCAGAAUACCAGGCACUCUGCAUAUCAGAGACAUGGCUGUCACCCGAAAAAAUGGAAUUGAUGCAACUAACAAACUAUAAAAUUGCAUCAUCCUAUUGCAGAAGGCUACGAACCGGAGGUGGCGUCUGUAUCCUGCUAAAAGACCACAUAGAAUACAUGGAAAUAAAAGAGAUAUCCGACAUGUCAAUUGAGUACGUUUUAGAAGUUUGUGCAAUAGAACUUGUAAGAGAGAGUGUUUUGUUAUUAACUAUGUAUUACAAUGGAAAGAAGGAAUCAAUAUUUUAUGAACAACUAGAAAAGAUCCUAAAUUACAUAGCAAAAAAAUUUGCAAAACAUAAAAUUAUUUUAGGAGGAGACUUCAACAUUAAUAUACUACAAAAAAAUAACAAAACAAAUAACUUUUUAAACUUUUUGUUAGAAUAUAAGCUCUGCCAACUAGUUAAAAACGCUACCAGAAUCUCAAAAACUACCUCCACGUGCUUAGAUUUAGUUUUCAUAAACUUUCAAAAGGAUAGCCUUUCUGUUGCGGUCGAAGACUUCGGCCUCUCAGACCAUCUGGGGACUAUAGUAACAUUAAAGCUUCCUAAACAAAAUAUAUGCUCAAGAUGGUACACAACAAAAAGACAGUUUAACAAAAAAAACAUGGAUAAAUGUAAAUUUCGCCUAAAUUUGCUUGAUUGGUCUAUUAUAUUUGAAAACAAUAAAGACGUUAAUUAUAAUUAUAAUAUAUUUCACCAAAACUUACAAAAUAUCUUAGACGAUUGUAUACCUAAAAAACAAAUUACAUUAAAAAAUAACUAUAAAAAACAUUGGCUCACGGUUGGCAUAAAAAAAUCAUGUCAUAAUAAAAGACUACUAAAAAUCCACACAAUGAAGUCGAAUAAUAACAAAAUCCUAUCAAAUCAUUAUAAAAAAUACGAAAAAAUACUAAAGA